AUGAUACCAAUCUAUACAUUAGUACUGUUUUUACUAACAUUAAUUAAUCUAACAGAUACAGCAUCAUAUAAACCACCUAUGAUAGAUGAAAGUGUAUUUAGAACUAGAAAUAUCUAUUAUAAAGAAGAAGAAUCUAUAGAAAUACCAUGUGCUGCAGAAGGUCAUCCUACACCUGUAUAUUCAUGGAUUAAAGAUGGAGAAGAGUUAGAUUUAGAAUCUGAAGAAGUUAAUGGACGUAUGUCAUUGAUCUCAGGAGUAGGAACAUUACGUAUUAAACCAGCUCAUGGUAGUGAUGAGGGAGUGUAUCAGUGUCAAGCACGCAAUGCACAUGGUACCAGUUUGUCUGUGAGAGUAAAUGUCCUUCAGGCUAGAAUGGAUCCAUUUAAAACUGUGGAAGAUCCUGAAAUAUUACGACCACUGCUAGCUCAUUCCUUGAAACUAAGUUGUGGUCCCCCAGUGAGUGUACCACCAGCUAAAAUUAGUUGGAUUAUAGAUCAGAAAGUGGAUGAAGGAGAUUAUGAUACAGAUUAUGAGUCUGAAAAUCAGGAUUUAUUUGAUUUUGUUGAUUUAGAUGAUCGGGUAACAAUGGAUUACGCAGGUAAUUUAUACAUUACUAAUGUUAAACCAGAAGAUGCUCAAGAUGGAAAUAAAUAUGUAUGUUUUUCUAAUAAUGAACAGUUAAGAUCAUUUGGUAAAGGUGAAGACAAGAUUAUUGAACCAUUAGGAAAUACAGCUAAGAUGCGUGAUUCUAACAUGCCUGUUGAAAUGUUAUGGCAUUCUGAUACUGAUGUCAUGGGACUUGUUGGUAAAACUGUACGCUUCAAAUGUAUUUUCUCUGGCAAUCCUCAACCAAGAAUAACGUGGAAGCGUAUGGAAGGUUUAGCGUUUGAUAAUAAUAGAAUGAAACAAUCAAGUGAAAAGUUUGAAUUUGUUAUAAAGAAAGUACAGUAUGGUGAUGCUGGAGAAUAUGAAUGUUCAGGUUUUAAUGGUAUAACUCGAAAUCCUAUUAGACACAGAUUCAGACUGAUUGUUGAAGCCAAGCCACGCUGGACUAAGAAACCACAGGAUAUUGAAGCUGGUGUAAAAGAAGAUGCUACAUUUCUGUGUGAAGGAAAGGGCAGUCCGGAACCAAAAGUUCAGUGGUUUAUCAAUGGAAAGCCUAUAGAACAAGCAGCUAAUAUAACACGUAGAACUUAUCGUAAAGGUCAAUUAACAUUUACUGACCUACAGAAGAUGGACAGUCAGGUGAUUCAAUGUAAUGUAUCUAAUAAACAUGGCUUUCUGUGGGCAGAUGUUUACCUCAAUGUAUUAGCUAUCCCUGCCGCAGUGAAAGCCGGUCCAGAACCAUUAUUAAAGGUAGCAGAAGAGAAAUCAGUGACUAUAAAAUGUCAAACAGCAGGUAAACCAACACCUGUUGUUACCUGGUUUAAAGGAGAUCAACCACUAUCGGGUGGUCGUUAUAAAAUAUUACCUAUUGGUGACCUGGUUAUAGCUGGAGUGAGAAAAAAAGACAGUGGAAACUACAGAUGUUUUGCUAGAAAUUUAUUUGGUAAAGAUCAAGCUAAUGGUACUCUGGUUGUUAGAGAGAAAACUAGAAUAUCUCAGGAACCUAACAAUGUACAGUCAGUAAAUGGUAACGAUGCUGUGUUCAGAUGUCGAGCGUUCACAGAUCCGAAUGAACAACAUAGAUUAAGAUACACCUGGUUACGUAAUGGUCAGCCUCUGAUUAUAGACAAUGACAGAGUUAUACAGCAAUCAGAGGAAUUAAUAAUAAAAGAUUCUAUGAGUCAAGAUACAGGAAACUAUACUUGUAUUGCUUCUAAUGGUCUUGAUGAAGAUAGAGCUUGGGCUACAUUAAAAGUUAAAGCACCACCAGAUCCACCUACUAAUGUUACAUUAUUGGAAUGUUUAGCUCGUCAAGCUACUAUAAUCUGGGUGUUUGAUCAAUCACAAGAUAACUUUUCUCCACUACAAAACUUUAUCAUGGAGUAUAACACAUCAUAUGCACCUGAUCAUUGGAAAGUUGCCUCUCGUCCAAAUGCCAACGCAAGAAGAGCAGAAGUUGAACUUUCACCCUUUGCUCAUUAUAAUUUCCGAGUAAGAGCAGUGAAUAGGAUUGGGAAGGGUGAACCAAGUGUUCAUAAUCAGUUGAUCUGUCAGACACCUGUAGCUAGACCAGAUCAUCAUCCUGAAGGUGUUAAAACUGUAGGAGAUAAAACUAAUUAUCUGGUUGUAGAAUGGGAGCCAAUGGAAGAGAUAGAUCUGAAUGCUGAUGGUUUUUAUUAUAAUGUAACUGUUCAGAGAGAAGGGGAAGAUACUGUAGAUUCCUAUAUUAUAGAUGAUUUUACUGUCAGCAGGAAAGAAAUACCAGUAGAUACUGUUUAUAAACCUUAUAUAGUUACUGUACAAGCUAAAAACCAAGUUGGAGAACCUUUAAAAAAUGCAGAUUCAAUUAUUGGUUAUUCUGGUCAAGCAAGACCACUUGUAGCACCAGAAAACUUUGAAUUAGAUCCUGAAAAGAAUGUAACUGCUACUAGUGCUGGUUUUCAAUGGGAUCCUGUUAAUGAUGAUCCUGAUGUAAUCCAGGGUGUUUUUAAGGGCUAUAAAAUUAGAAUCUGGAAGAAAGACCAGAGGGAAUCAACAACUAAAGAAAUAUUUAUACCACAUACCCCUAAUGCUGAUGGAACCAGACAAAGAAGACAAACACAGAAGAUCAAGGCUGAAGUUCCAAACUUAGCUUCAUAUUCUGAUCUAGAAGCUGAUGUGGUGACUACAAAUGAAUUCUUUACAUCUGUCAAUGGUAGUAACAUUGUUAACUUCUCUACACCAGAAGGAGUACCCUCCAAAGUAAGAUAUUUUGAAGCUGUUAAUGUAGGAUCAACACAUUUCACGUUACAUUGGGGAGAACCUAAAGAAAAAAAUGGUAUUAUUACUGGUUAUGAUUUAGGAUAUCAAAGAGUAAAUGGAAUCAUGUAUGAAGAAACUAAAAUAGCUGAAAAAGUAGAUUCUAGAACUAGAAGAACAUAUUUAGGUGGUCUUGAACCAGGAACUAAUUAUAGAUUAUAUUUGUGGGGUCGAACACAGCAAGGACGAGGUGCUGCUUAUUUUAUAGAUGUUAAAACUGCUGAGAAAGGCAUUCCACUAGCCAAACCAAGAAUAUUAGAAAUUCUUCCAAGACCAGACUCUGCUAAUGUGACCUGGGAACUACCUCAUGUUAAAGGACAGAGAGUUGGAGCUAAAUAUUUUAUAGAUUAUAGAAAAUAUGGUUUAGAUUCCUGGAAUACACAUCCAGAACAUGCCACUAUGAAUACCUGGCAAGUACUAGAAAACUUGGAAUCUGGAAUGACAUAUGAAAUUAGAAUAGUUGCUAAAUCUGGUCAGAAAGGUGAUGCUGACUUUGCUCAAAUGGCCAGUGAAAAAAGAACAUUUAAAACUGGAGGAGUGGGUAUGAAUACUUCAAAGCCAACUGCCCCAACAUCCAUUGUCUAUAGUAUAAAUUAUAAACCCUGGUUUGUUGGAUAUCUAGCUGCAUCAUCAAGUAUACUAUCAGCUGGUUGGUUUAUUGGUAUGAUGGUUGCUAUUGCUAUAUUAUUACUAAUACUAAUUAUCGUUUGUAUUGUCAAGAGAAAUAGAGGUGAUAAAUAUCAUGUACAAGAGAAAGAAAGAUUACGAGGUAGUAAUCCAGAGGAUGUAGAGAAUUUUAAUGAAUUAAAUAAAAGUGAUACAAAUGGUAUUGGACAAAGUAACUCAUUUGAUAAUAAUCCAGAGAAAAUGCCAUUAGGUGAUGAAACAGACAGUAUGGAAGAAUAUGGAGAUGUAGAUCCUGCCAAAUUUAAUGAGGAUGGUUCAUUUAUAGGAGAAUAUGGUGGUCAAAAAGGAGUAGGGGACCAGCAAGCAUCAACUAUGGCCACAUUAGUAUAG